GCCAAACAAAAAUAUCAAAGUCGAGAAUUGCCAUGUACAGAGUAUAAUUUCAAGCAAUUUAAAAUAAAUAAGAAGCCCAAUUAUAGAUUUUUGUUUUGCUAAAAAGUGGAGUAUGGAGAAAGAAUGAAAACUUGCAUGGCUAUUUUUUCAAAUUUCCUUUUCAAGGAGAUCCUAUUUCUAACAACCGCCAAACCCAAAUUGGUAUGAGAGCCAAUGUUUUUGUCACUGGUUCUCGUUCAUUUUACUCCUUUCCCUUUGCAAAUUCCAAUCUUUUUUCUUCUCCUGUGACCUAAAAAAAUCUGUUUCCUAGGAGGAAGACACCGUUUGUUUGUUUUCGCUGCCCUUGAGGAGAAAUGGGAAAUGCUGAAUCUUCAGUUUCUCAAUCUCCAUGCGAGGGCUCCAGCGAUGCAGCUGAAGAAAAUGAAGGUGCUGGAAUGAUUGAAAUUGAACCUAAACUACUUUUUUGCAAUUCCAUAUCACUCACUGUUGAAGAGAUGCAAUGCUUAAAACUAGAGGAGAACCAUACAGAAGAAGGCCUCAUUAUAGAAACCGAGGAGGAGGUCUUAAACUUGACAAAAGGAGAUGUCGAAGAGGUUGACAAGCCAGCUUUAGAAACUCUUGAAGAGGAGGAUAAUGAUGCAGAGCUUGCAAAGGAGGAGAUGACAGUAAAUCUUUUGAGUGAAGCUCAAAGAACAAGUUCAAAUAACGGUUUUUUGAAUGGUGUUAUUACUAACUCUGAUGGGAAAACACAUUCCCAGUGGUAUGAGUUUUUUAGGAAACUAAAAAAAGGACCAGGAGUGAGUUUGCAAACCUUCCAUCCCUCUCUCUACUCUUUUAGGAAGCAUUCCAAGAAAAGAAGUAGGAAAAACAUGGUACUACCUCAAAUUGAUCCUGAUGUAGUUCCUCAUUUCUUGGAGACAUCCUGGAAGGUCUUCUCCUUAUCAGAACUUGAGAAAGUGACAUACAACUUUAACCCUGAACAUUUGAUUGGGAAGGGAGGUUAUUCUGAAGUUUACAAAGGACACUUGGACGAUGGGAGGCCAGUGGCAGUUAAAAGGCUGAUGAGGGGAAACCCUGAGGAAAUGACAUCAGACUACUUAUCAGAGCUUGGAAUUUUGGUACAUGUCAAUCAUCCCAACAUUGCUAAUAUUAUUGGGUAUGGAGUUGAAGGGGGAAUGUACCUUGUACUUCCUUUGUCUCCUCAUGGGAGCUUAGCAACUCUUCUUGAUGGUAGGGAUCAAAAGGAGAAACUAUCUUGGUGCCUUAGAUAUAAUAUUGCUUUAGGGACUGCCUCUGGCCUUGCGUAUCUUCAUGAGGAGUGUCAUAGAAGAAUUAUACAUAGAGACAUCAAGGCAUCUAAUGUUUUGCUCUCGGAGGACUUUCAACCUCAGAUAUCUGAUUUCGGGCUUGCAAAAUGGCUCCCAGAUAAGUGGAGUCACCUCACAGUAUCUCAGUUUGAAGGCACAUUUGGAUACCUCCCUCCAGAGUUCUUUGUGCAUGGAGUUGUUGAUGAAAAAACUGAUGUAUAUGCUUUUGGAGUAUUGCUGCUGGAGAUUAUUUCUGGUCGCCCUGCUCUUGACCAAUCUAAUAACAGUGUGGUGAUGUGGGCUAAACCGCUGCUACUGAAGAAAAGUUUUGGGGAGUUGGCUGAUCCAGCACUAGAAGGUUCUUAUGACUUGGAGCAGAUGAAGGACAUGGCUAUGGUAGCUUCUCUGUGCUUACAACAAUCUUCUGCAGACCGGCCUCCAAUGAGCAAGGCAUGCUUUUAAUUAUGAUACAAUAAAACUCUCUUUCUUUUUUGGUCUAAUUUUCAAGUCCACCUCUGCAAAUAAUCAUCCCAAGCCAGGGUUGCGAGUGUAGAAUUUGGUUGAAAUGCUGAAAGACUGAAGUGUACAUAACUGAAAGCAUAAUGAAAGGUGUCUCAAAUAGCAAAUUAUCACAAAUAUACUUAAAAUAGUUUCUUUAGACUAUUAAAGGAAGAAUGCAAAAGCUUCACUUCUCUCCGCUUCACUUAAUUUUCAGCAAAAAAGUAGCUUUUACACUAUUUGUUAGAUUAAUUGAUCCCUUAUUGCCUUCAAUACUUUGAAUAAGUUAGUCUUUACUAGAAAAUGAGGUGGUUUGGAAUCCUAUUUCCCAAAUUAGGAUAAGUUUAAACUUAUUUUUCAAAUUAUGGUGGUUUUUGCAUCGUGAUGGCAUUGCCUACCGUUGAUGAUGACCCCAUGUUAUCAUCGUCACAUCAACCAUGCACCCGAACACAUCUCCAUUGCACCUUUAGUCAUUAGUUACCGCAUCAUUAUGCAAUAGAGAUGUUGCGGUAAAGUCAGCAAUGGUGAAUACAGUGCGACGGUGAGGGCCACAUUGAGGAGGGGGGCUCAGAUGUGGUUGAUAAACCAAGCAAGUGGUUCGCCAUCCCAGCAAUAUUACAAAUUAGGGGUGAGCUCGGUUCUUUCGGUUUGGUUUUGACCUAAAACCAAAUACGGAACCAAAAUAAAAGUUCGGUUCGGUUUUACACUCCAAAACUUGGAACCACGUUUUGAUUGGUUCGGUUUGUUUCGGUUCGGUUUCGGUUUUUCCGGUUUUUUUACUAAAAAUGUGUCAUUUGAUUUAAAAUUGAUAUAAAAGUUGGAGGGAUCAAACAUAUUACAUAAAAAUUUAUGCUAGCAUACUUGAACAAAUGAAGAAAAUAAUAAUAAACAAAUAUGUCAUGAAAAAAACAAAUAUGUCAUGAAUUAUAUGAGUAUGCGGGAGAGAUACUUGAACAAUAAUUUACAUUGUUUGUGAUUAGUUUGAAAAAAGUUUAUGAAUACAUACGUCCUAUGUGAUAUAGCUGAGAUAAAUAUUUAUUUGUUUUAUUAAUAUAAAAAAUCUAAGUUACAAAAAAAUAAGUUACAUAAAAAUAAAAGUUAAUUACUACUAAUAACCAGUAAAAACAUAUAAUCAUGCAACAAAUUGCAACGUACAUACAUAAAAGACAUAAUAGAUCAAUAUAGCUACAUUAUUAUGGGCAAUGAAUGUGUAUAUGCAUUUAUAAACUAAACUAAACAUAGCACAAGCAUUAUUUCUCUAGCACAAGAAAUUCAAAGAUUAUUGAUGAUAUUAAGAUUAAUGAUUACAUUUAACAAAUAAAAUUUCAUAUUUUAUUUUUGUUUGGUUUGUUCGGUUCGAUUCGAUUUUGAAGGGUAAAAACCAAAACCAAACCAAACUACUACGGUUCGGUUCGUUUUUUUACAUUCGGUUUCGGUUUUUAGCGGUUCGGUUUUAUUUGGUCGUGGUUCGAUUUAUGAUUCGGUUUUCGAUUUUUCGGACCCAGCCCUAAUACAAAUGCAUAUUCUUUAUGUCUUUGAGCAUAUGGCAUACAGGUUGAAAAAAUGCUAAAAGGUGAGGAGAGCAUUUCACAUGACAUCAAGAAGUUGCAAAACCGGCUAAGUCUCAAGACACAUCGUCCCAUUGAGCUGAUCAAAGAAGCACUACUCAAAACACCAAAGAGUUCAAAUGAUUCACCUAAAAGCCUGAACAGUACACCAAAGAUUGUAUGUGAUGAUACAGAAGUGAGAAACGAGAUUCCAAUGGAACAAUGAUGACCCUUGAAGAUGAACACAUUUCUCAUCUUUCCGAUCUUCAUUCAACUUUAACUUGGAUAAGGAUAUUUCAAUAUCCAAAUGAGAAAGGGUAUGAACAUGAUUAUGAGUAAGAUGCUUGGAGGUUUUACAAUGUAAAUGCUUUGUAU